GGGUGGGGGGAAGGGAGAGAGGCCGGUACAGCUACCCGGGAGUCCCCUUCCAGUUGCACCAUCCUCCAGUUUCGUCCACCUGCUCAGUCCCCCCCAUCCCCCUCCCCGCCUGCUCCUCCCUCCCCACUCCCAACCCCACAGCCCGCUCGCCUCGAUCCCCGCCUGCCAGCCCCUGCCGCUGCCGCCGUAGCCACAGCCGCACGCUCCGCCCUGGGCGCCUCUGGGGCCCGCCGCGGGGGGGUGCGGGGAGGGAGGGCGUCAGUGCAGCGGGGUACCGGGCUCAGCCUGAUUUACGGCUCUGCUGAAAACCGCUUCGUCCGAGCCUCUGCCCGAGCUCUGGCCAUUGCCACCGCCGCCGCAGCAGCAGCAGCAACAAGUCUGGAUCUUCAGAGUAAUGCAACAGAAGGCUUUUGAGGACAAUCGAUACCCCUGGCAAGAGUCCUUCGACAAUGUUGCAGUGUGCCUGCCCUUCCGCUGCCCCCGGUGCGGGGAUCACAGCCGCUUUCGAAGCUUGUCUUCCCUGAGGGCCCAUCUCGAGUUCAGCCACAGUUACGAAGAGAGGAGCCUCGUGACAAAAUGCAGCCUUUUUUCUCCCCUCAAAGACCCAGACCUGAUCACUUCCUCGGAGCCCCUGAAGCAGGGGAAACUGGGGAGCGGCGGCCGAGCGGUCAAGCAGAAGGCGAACUAUGUGAACUUGUGCCACCUGUCCCGGGAGAACCUGCGGGAGAGGAAGUCCCUCCAGCUGGUGGCGGAGAGACCGGUGUCCUUCGUGCCCAUCUACACCUCCAUAGACUCCUUAGGGGGCCCAAGGUCCAGCCCUGGGCUGCCCACCACGGAUGCCAAAGCUUCCUUUGAGGCCCACGUGAGGGAAAAGUUCAAUCGGAUGGUCGAGGCGGUGGAUAAGACCAUCGAGAAGAGGAUUGACAAGUUGACCAAAGAGCUCACGCAAAAGACGGCGGAACUUUUGGAGGUGCGGGCGGCCUUUGUGCAGCUGACGCAGAAAAAGCAAGAAGUUCAGAGGCGCGAGAGAGCCUUGAACCGGCAGGUGGAUGUGGCCGUCGAGAUGAUUGCUGUGCUGCGGCAGCGGCUCACCGAGUCCGAGGAAGAGCUUCUCCGGAAGGAAGAAGAAGUCGUCACCUUCAACCAUUUCCUGGAAGCAGCUGCGGAGAAGGAAGUCCAGGGAAAAGCCAGACUACAGAAUUUCAUCGAGAACCUAUUACAACGGGUUGACCUAGCUGAGAAGCAAUUAGAGUAUUAUCAAAGCCAGCAGGUCUCAGGCCAUGGCAAGGGGGCCAGCGAACACUUGUUUACAGACAUCGCCUCAAAUAGGAAGUCCAAAUGCCUGUGCCGAGGGGGCCCGCACCCUGCCUGCCACAACCCUGACCUCAGGGCCCACUUCCAUGCAAAGGGAAGGAAUUCCUUGAGGAAAGCCAAGGAGGAGCGAGGCAGCGUGCAGUCAGCUAGGUUUGCCCAUGACUUCGCCGAUUCCCCGAGAGAACUCUGGAGACCGAUGAAGAAAGGGGAGCCACUGGGCCAGGCCAGGAAAGUCAACGUCAAGGCAAAAAUGGUCAAAAAAAAGCCAGCAGCCAUCGUCAAUGUCAUCUGAAGAGGGUGGAGGACUCCAAGCUGCCAGACUUGAGUUUGAGGAAGGGAAAGAACUUGAUCUAAGAACCACUGGCUGAGUUCCUUGGUACAUUGUGACUAUUAACCCAUGAAUGGUGUGUGAACAGGAAAACCUCAAUUAACGGGAGCAUCGAGUGAACCACCUCUGGGGACCACAUGGUUCUAGAGGCAGAUCCCUCAGACAAAUUGGUAUUAAUGCCCCAAUUCUGUGCUUUCAGGGUAUGCUUGAUGGUCCUUGCCACUUCUACCUGAUCCUUUCCCUCUUUGAGUAGACAGUGCUAGUCAGUGAUUGCUGACCAUCUACAUCCAAGGUAGCGUGGUGGCCUCGGCCAUCCGAGGAACAUUUAGCUACACUCCCUGACUUACUAAGAUGAAAGUGAAUUUAAUAAAGUUGUUUUUUCUCUAACAACAAAAAUUGGAACAAAAAAAAGCGAUACUACCUUGGGACUUGAUUUAAAAAAAAUUUUUUUAAACCCUUACCCUCUGUCUUAGUAUCAGUUCUAAGACAGAAGAGCAGCAAGAGCUAGACAAUUGGGGUUAAGUGACCUGCCCAGGGUCAUGCAGCUAGGAAGUAUCUGAGGCCAGAGUUGAACCUAGAUCCUCUGGACUCCAGGCCUGGAGCUCUAUCCAAUGAGCCACCUAGCUGCCCCUACCUUGUGACUUUAAACAAGUCACUGAACCUCAGUUUCCCAAUCUGUAACCUAAGGGGGUUGAACUGGCUGGCCUUUGAAUUUCCUUCCAGUUCCAGUUCUUUGAUCCUCCAAUCCUAUAGUUUCAGAGUUAAAAAUAAAUUUGAAUAAAUCAGUUUACCAGAAUCCCUAUUUUCCCAAGCCUUCUGGUUCAUUGAGGUUUUGCUGUCGAGUUUCCUCAAAUAAAACCAUUGGUUAUAGGGAUAUGUUUCUCUGGAUCCUAGGAUUCUGUUAUUCUUCUUGGAGGCAGCAGCGGAUUUGGGGUCUAGAAACCCAGGUUCAAAUCUCACCCUUGCUCCUUUUGAGUUGUGUGACUUUGGGUCAAUCAGUUCUGUCUUAGGGUUGAACUUAGGUCCCUUCCAGCUCCUCGGUUCCCCCGUGGAGCCUGACUUGGGUUCAUCUCCAUCCUUUACUACGGCUGUACAUUCUGCACCCAGACAGCCUGAUGCUGCUGCAUGAUCUUCCUAGCAUCUCCUUGGUCCCCUGUGGCUGUUCUGUCCAUUCAAUCGACAUUUGGAAUCAGCCCGUGGGUCCGGCUGCUUGUACUGAGCAGUGGCCACCUUCUUCAGCAUUGUCCCGGGUCUGCAGAUGCUAGAAACAUCAGCACGGCUUUCCCUUCUCAGUCCAUGCUCUAUUGGCAGUGGUAGUAAGUGGAUGUGAAUCUCUCUCUGAUAUCUUUUCUUCCCAGGCUGCCUUGUUCUUUGUUCCCUAGAGCUUUCCCCACUCUUAGGAUCAGUAUGUCCAUGAAUCUUGCCUUGAACCUAGUAUUUGUUAUGCCUAAUAUGUUAGCCUGUCUGUUGAAGUUAUCCUGACGUUCAUGAGGGCUGGCCGGCCCCCUCUAGUCCACCGGGGGCCCCCUCCGAGAGUAACUUCGAUUUCUCCUAAGGUGGGUCCAUUUGGAAACUCCCCCUCUUGCUUCCAGAAGCAGGUUUUUACACAGAAAGAGUUGUUUGACCUCACAAAAAGCUCCCAAGUGCUGAUGUCCUUCUGGAGUCUGGAUCAUCUACGAGACAAAGGUCCAUGUAUAUAUGACUCAAGUACAUGAAUCAUUUAUUUUUCAAUACUCAUGGGGAGGGAGGACGAGGGAAGGGAUGUGUCUUUGUGUGUAUGGGGGGGUGAUUUUUAAGUGACCUAUAUAAUUACGGUGAUAAUCUAACUAAAUGAACAUUAGUCGGAGUCUUUGGCUCUGCUCAUUACUGCCAUAAGCGCCAAACUAGUCUCGAGGUCAGAAUGGGCUGUGAGGAGUUUAUUAGUUGGAAAAGCAGUCCAAUGAGAGAUGGAACUAGUUGGUGUCCAUUCCACAUCCCAGUAUUCAAACCUGUCAUAGUGAAAAGUCGCCAUCCCUUGACCUUUUAGGCUGUGGAGGUGGGGUGUCCAUGUCGUGUCUGUGGAGGCGUCCGGUGGAUAAAGUGCCCAUGAGUGUCACUGUUUAGGUUGAAAGUCAUGUUGUAAAAAAAAAAAAUUGGUAAAUAACAUGGAUAUUUAUUUGGGGCCCAGAUGUGCUCCAGACACUAUUUAUUCUUACUGUUCAUAACCUAAUUGCACUUUAGAAUUUCUGUACUGAUCCAAUGAGUUCUUAACUAUAUUGCAUGCCCUCCUUUCUGCCAGGUAAUGUGUGUAUGAUAUGAUGACAGGAUAAUGAAUGCUUUGUUUCAGGUCGAGUGGCCAGAAACACUUUUCUCUCUGUGUCCCUUUGAGUUAUGGCAACAACAUCUCCAGUUUUCUUUUCACAUGCCUAGAGGAAAUAACAGCCCUCUCUUUUCCAAGUGACAAGCAGUGAUCCCCCUAAGUACCACUUUGUCACGUGAAAAUCAGACAUGUGUAGAGAGAAGCCAGCGACUCUGUGCGUGCCAGAGAGAUGAAUAAGCAGUGCUUUUGUUGCUGGCAGUCAUGCUUAGGAAAGGCAGGGCUGCAGGCUUCACCCAGCUUUUCUGUUCUUGCCUCUAGGUUUAUUUGUACCAUGGUCAGGGAGCAUCAUUGGGGUAGAGGUAUGCCUCAUUGCCUCAGCCCUGACAGAUCCUGUGGGGCUUUGUAGGCUAGGAUCCUCAAAAUAGGUUUUGGGAGAUUUACACCAAUAGUCAGGCUCUUAAUGGGAGUUAAAAGAAUUUUCUAAACCCAAGUCCAGUCUUAAGCUAGGACUAGGGAAUUGGAAUUAGUGCCUGGAGAAAUGCAGUCAAAAGAAUAGAUUUAAUUUUAGCCUAUGGGCUUCUGCUAGUUGUCUGGAUGGAUGGGAUACUCAUAGUCUUUUGCUGUGUAUUAAAGGAUCUUGAAGUUAUUCUUGUCAUCAAAAAGCUUACUAUCCCCUGCAUCCUAGACAGGCAAUCAGCAAAAGUCAAUUGAAGCCCAGAGGUUAAGAGUAAGUCUGUUGUUUUGAUUGGUUCUCUCUUGGUGUUGUCUCAAAGACCUUGGCCCCAGCCAGCUUUCUGACGUGGAAUUAGAACAUCCUUUCACCAUUGAUUGAGAGCCUUUGUGCCUAAGACACAUUUCAUGAACUCUCUCUAACACUUCAGCUCCCAUAACUCUUACUAACUGGUAGAUAAAUAAACUUAAGAGCAAGGACAAAAGGACCAAGUGAAGUCCACAGGAUUCCACGCUGGCCUUUGUUCUACAUUUUUGCCCAGCUUUAUCAUUCAGAUGGGUCAGGGACAAUGAAAGGUUUAACAUAUUCUGGUCACCCUGAAAAUAUUCAUCUCUCUACACUCAUUAGAUGGAAGAAACAAAAUUGAACUUUGUGUAUUACAUGCGUAGCACUGAUGUGUCUUCUAUACAUUCAUUAGUAAUUAAAAAAUGAGAAAAAAAGAGUAACAAAUUACAGCUCAAGUCUAAGCCCGCUAAAAGGACGGAUGUCAUGCAUGUGGGGUGCCAUGGAUCUAUUCUUGCUUUAUUUAGCCAAGGAAGAAAACCUGAAAUCUGGAGCCUGGCUUGCUCCUGUGAGGUCACUCUAUGGGCGGUGCCCUGGGUGGCCAGCCCCAGUUGGUACACAUUAAAGGAGACAUUAGCGGCUAAAGUCGAUACUUUUUGUAGGUGGCACCAAAGGUACAUGGCGGAAAACGUUCAGUAUUGAACAAAUUGAUCUAUUUUUUAUUUGUUCAGACUCGAACUUUUUUCUUUUCUUUUUAAACUGGAUUACAAAGUCUUAAUGCUUAACAAAAGUCUUAAUUAAGUUCAGGUUCCUUAAAGAUACUGUUUUACAACCUACUGCAGGGCCAGUCCGUUGUAGAGAAGUUGGAAUAUACUGUUACCAGAGUUUUAAAAGAAAAUGUUUUUAGACUAUGAGAAAUUCUAAUAAUAAAGCUAUAUUUCUGAGUAA